UACAACAAGAAAUAUGUCGAUGUUGGCUAAUCCUAAAUAUCGACAAAAAUGGUCGUCGGAUCCAAGAAAUACGAAUUGGAGUAAUGAUUCUAGUAAAUUUGGUCAGCGUAUGUUGGAAAGAAUGGGAUGGGAGCACGGGAAAGGUCUUGGUGUCAAUGAAGAUGGGAAUACUUCACAUGUCAAAGUAUCAAAAAAGGAUGAUACAUUCGGACUAGGUGCAAACUACAAGACCGAUGAAAACUGGAUUGCUCACCAAGACGAUUUUAACUCUUUGCUUGCCAACCUCAACGAUAACCAUGGAACCACUGAAGAGCCAAAAAUAGUUUCGACAAGUUUAGAAGAGCGAUCAAAGUUGUCCAAAAAAAGAGUUCACUACAUGAAGUUUACCAGAGGAAAGGAUCUUAGUGUCUACAGUAGAACAGACCUGGCUUGUAUUAUGGGAACAAAAACUGGUGAAUCAAAGCCCCAGUCAAAUAGUCCCCAGCGUCCAUCAGAGACUGAGAGUUCUGACAGUGACAGUGCAAAUUCUUCGACUGAUCAUGGUAUAGUGACAGUCACAAGUUCACAGAGUUUACAGGAGUAUUUUGCUCAGAAAAUGGCAGCAUUGAAAGAAAAACAAAAUGCUACAUUGGAUCCAUUGACGGGCGGGGAAUUUGCUACUGAGGUAAAUAUGGCUGCUAUGGCAUCUGAUAGUGAUGACUGUAUAUGGAUUGGCAAGAAAGAUGAAAAGAAAAAGAGGGUGAAAAAAUCCAAAAACAACAAAAUAGCCAAUAAUACCGUGGAUCAUGGGAGAGAAGAUUUAAAAAACAUUGAUGAGGUAGUCAGAAAAUCAAAGAAAAAGAAAAGAGCUAAAGAAGAAAAAAAUGAUGACACUAAACGUGAUGAGCUGGAAAGGAGAGACAGGAAAAAGAAACGGAAAUUGAAUAGAGAAGAAGGCCGGGUUCUGGAUAAUGAAAAUAUUAUAGAUGAAAUUGCAAGUAAGAAAAAGAAGAAAAUAAAACAAAUUGAUGAACAGAACAGUAGCGAUUGUGAUGAAAGUCAUCAGAAAGAAAGUGGUUUAAUCAUUGUUGAGAAAAGUAAAAAGAAGAAAAACAAAAAUUUAGAUACUGCUCAUGUUCUUGAUAGAACUCAACUCAAUUCAGAUGAAAUUAAAAUUAAAAAAAGCAAAAAAAAGAAAAGCAAGAGAGAGAAAAGAUGA